AUGGCAAGCCUCCCUCCAAAAAAACCAGUUAACGAUUUAAUUAAGUUUUGGGCCGAAAAACAAGAAAGGGAUCCUGAACCGAUUUCAAAGUCACCGCGAAGUUCUUUAUUUCCAAAUAUUUCCUCUUCACCUCCUCAGCGGAAUCCGCAAAAUCAAGGUUUUAUCCCAAAAUCAAAGGACACAUCAUCCUCACCUUCCUUAUCUCCUACCCAUAACAUACAUUCAUUAAUAUCCGAAGAAAAUGAUCAGGGAAAUUCUUUGUCAAAGAAUGAUGACUCUUCCAAUAAAGACACUUCAAGUCCACUUUCUAUAAUGGCCCUUAAAUCCAUACCACCAGUUCCCGCCAAAAAUAGUUACAUAACGCGUCCACGUGAUCAUGUGCUAAACACAAAAGACGCGUUUAAUCAAAUCGGUCCAUUACCUCCAGCUCGAAAAGUAACCAAUCUUGUAAAUAUAUAUGAAAAGGCUUCAUCUCCGAACAACUCAGCACCCACGUCUCCGACUUUAGCUCCAAUUAAACGAAGUCAGACUUUUUUAACAUCAUCGUCCCUGAUAAAUCUUCAUAACGCUAUUCCAGAACCUUUGUCACCUUCUACUCCGACUUCUCCGACUUUAAACUCAAAGUCAAAGCGGAAACAACGCAUUCCGGAACCUUUGAAUAUCUCAUCGAAAAAGUUCACUAAUGAACCAACUUUCAUGUCAUCACCCAUCUCUCCGAUUCAGCUUACAAAUCAAGAGUCAUCAUCUUCUCAAUUUCUCAAGGACAUUAAUAGUAAAUCAACUCAAAAGAAGGUAUUCGAAUCAAAAAAAAAGUCAAAUAUUGAACAAUCUGAUCCAGAACCAGAACAUACUUCCACAUCCGUGCAAGCAUCAUCAUCAUUUAAUCAAAAUAAGAAUAAUAACGCUUCAAAAUCAAAACAAUUAGAUACUCCUUUACAGAAUAAAACAUUUACAAAUAGGGAAAUUACAAAUGGUACAACGCCUAAGACAACAUCAAAUUCGUUUAAUCCAUUUGGUUUCCUAAAAUCGCCAAGUGAAUCUUUGAAAAAUUUGAAUUUAAAUCCGUUUUAUUCGUCCUUAGACGGUAAAUUUAAUUCUAAUGAUGGAGGAAAUGGAAAUGAAAAUUAUAAUCCUUUCUUGGAUAUGAUGAGUACAGAUCAAUCUGACAUGUACAAAGUUGUGGUUGGUCCAAAAUCUGAGGAUAAGAAAAGACAAUCAAUACCUUCUGCACGAGAUACAAAUACUUUUAUUAUGGAAAUGCACGAGAGUAAUAGCAUGCAACAAUCUCGUUCAGUUCCCAAGGAAAACGAAAAUUAUUCCACAAUUAAUCCAAUGUUUACAAAGCCUAUUAGUGGAACAAUUCAAAUUAUUGAAAAACUAGGAAAUUAUUUUCAGCCAAAUAAAUGCAACAAUUCAGAUGGCACUAAUGAUUCGAAACGAAAUACUACAUCACGAGAUGUCCAUAAUGACGAAUAUACUAUGACAAUUUCAUUAGGAAAGACUGGAUCCUUUCAAACAUUCAAUUCAAAAGGUGGCAUAAAAUCUUGGAAACGUCAAAAUCUCAAGCCUGUUCAGAUCCCUAAAUCACCAUAUAGCACUACGCGACUUGAACGAGACGAACUUUCUCCUGUAAGCACUCUCAAGAACAAUCCUUUCAUUAAAAAGAAAACGCUUAGAAAUACGAAACAUGACUUGCCAGAAUAUAAUACAUCAAAAACUAAUAUGUCCAUGCUUGUUCCUCAUAGUCUUUCUUCGGUAGAAUAUGGGAGGAUCAAUCAUUCCUUACCAGAUUUGUCAAUACGAUAUCGACAUCAUCAAUUUAAUGACGCGUUUCGCAAAAAUAAUAUGACAGUACCUGAUUUCACUCGAGUUGAUUCAAUAUCCAAAGAUGAGCCCCAACAACAAGUUGUUGCCAUGGCGGAUGUAGAUGUAGAUCCUGCAAUGAUUACAAAAUUUAGUAUAAAUCCAUUUAAUGAAUCUGAAACAAAUGAACUUUUUAAACCUGGCGCCCCAUGGAUACAUUUACCUCAUCUUGACGAAUUUAUCUUAUCUCUUCCUCCAACUGAAUUCUCUGAACCGAAGGAAUUGAUGACAGCUGAGGAAUAUGAAAAUUUUAUUGGAUAUGGAAAGUCUGAUGAAAAAAAUAUAGAAGACAUGUUUCCUCCGAUGAAUCAAAUCCUUGAUGGAAUCUGUUUAGAUGAUCUAAAGCUUAACAUUGUAAAGAAUGAUGGACUUCUAAGUCAAAGAGUACUUGAAACUGCAAUUGAUGUUGUUUUAUCUGGUCAAACUACAGCAUUUGGAAUGAAUUGGAUGAAGCUUGAAAUUUUUAGGGAUUUUGUACAAUUUUUGGCUUUGAUUCUAUCAUUUGUACCUGCAAAAAUAUUUGGAUAUUGGGUGAAGAUCAUACUAAAUGUCAUACCAAAUUUGUUGAGUUUUAAUUUGGAUCGCGUAUUCGGAAAUGGGACUACUUUUUUCCUCGUCUUCUGUGUUAUGGUUUUGGGAGGGUUAUAUUGGUUCAGAAUAAUGACUAAAUAUGAUCCGAAUGCCGAUGUUGAGGGUCUCGAAUCCCAUCCCUGGAAUCUUCGUCCUGAAUCAAAGCGAAGACAUAACGUUGUUAUAGUAUUCACCCUUACCACGCUUUAUCUUCCACUCUCAAAAUUAUCUAUUGAUGCGCUGGUAUGGUCGGAAUCAUUUUGGCCUAUCACUAACCCCUACGAUAAUGGUGUGGACUUCCCCGAUUUUGGAAGUGGUUCGGAUAAAUUUCGCGAUCCGAAGGAUUUCUGUUAUGUCACCAGCAUGAACAAAGAUGAUUUGAACUUUUCACCAGUUAUCAUUGUGGUUGCAAUAAUAAUAAUUUGUGUUUUCUCAUUCUGGUUCCCUAUUGCAUUAAAACGUUUGGUUGAUAAAAAUCUCCCAAGAGUGGACAAAUAUGAUGAAUUGGGUGAAACUAGACAUAAUACAGAAGCGGAGUACAGAAAACUAUUGAUGAAAGAUACAUGUCCUUAUAAUUUCUUGUAUAGUGGUGAGAUAUUAUUAUUAUUUGAACCUUUCCUUGAUAAAGGCCAGAAUUUAAGCGAAUAUUGGUCAAGAGCUGGUUAUGUCAUAACAAGUGUUUUGGUGUUGUUAACUGUUCUUAAAAUUGGACCUGGAAAACAAAUAAGCUAUGCGAUGAUUGCUACAGAUUUUAUCGUUGGCGCUUUUGUCGUUUGGUAUAUAAUAGUGCAAACUAAUCGUUACAAAAGUUUUGUCAAGGUUAUGAGAAAGCGAUUGGAUUUUUCUUUGAAUAUCUAUUCUCCAAAAUUGGAUUUCGCCAAACACAUCAAGCGAAGAGUAUGGCAAGAAACAUGGUCAACAUUGCUGCUCACUUCUGAACAAUUUAAAAUGCGCGAUGGUAAAACAGUAGCAUUUUCUCAAAGCCCAUUCAGACCUCCAUAUCUAUUGAACUUUUCUGGAACUGUUGCUGAACGACAUGUUGAGAAUUUGAAAAUUAUUAGACAAAUUGGAAUUAAUAAUUAUAUCUCAGCAAUGGCUCCCUUACCAGAAUCUCUCGCAAAAUUAAGACUUAGUAUUGUCAACAAUUUUGUUGGACCUGACAUGUAUUACGCACCAGAAUUCUUGGUACCUAAAAUUAAGACUUGCUUUGGCAAAGCUUAUGCAGUUCCUUUUCCCUUCUCCGUUGUUAUAGUGUAUGACGACGACGAAAGUGUUUUGGUUCUAACAAAAGAAUGGGAAAUUCAACGAUUUGUCCAACAGAAUGAGAGCAAAGAGAUUCGAAGGAGACGUCUCGUUCGUCAUAUGUUGAGAGCUUUAGAAGGACAAAUGGUCUUGGGGCCUUGUAACCAAAGUGAUAUUAAUCAACCUAAUAUCGAUAAGAAAAUGGGGGAUUCGAUUCAUUAUCAUCAUGGAAUUUUAUCGAUACAGCGAAAUAAAGUAUCAAAGUGGUGCGAUCAUAAUAUGAAUCCAGGAUUUAAUAUUACAAUUUCUUUUUCUUCACAUGAAUGUGUUAUGGGACAUGAUGUCCUUGGCAUCACCGAUGAUUUCCAAAUGACUUUUCAAUUACAAAAGUUUUUUUCGGAUAAUCAAAAGGUUGUACAAGAAGGUUUGGUGCAAAUUCAAAGGAUAAUGGAUCAAUAUCGUCAAUACUAUCGAGAUGAGGCACAAUGGAAGGAGGAAGUACUGUCAUAUGGAUUUUUCGUUAAUAUUUAUGAUAAUCCAUCAAUACCUCUGGAGUCUCUUCCAGCAUUAUUGAUGACAACCGAAGAAAAUAAACUUAUUCAAGCCAUUCCGGAGAGUGAAUACCCAAGUAUUAUAUAUCUUUACGAAAGGAUGCGAAUCAUAAAUUUAUCACGUGUUCAUCAAUGGUGGUAUUUAUUUUGGGAAGAUUUAUGGAGGAAAAAUCAUAAAGAAAUGCCAGAUUUAGUUAAAUAUCCACAAUAUUUUUCACCAGCUUAUCGCACAAGUUUAUGUUAUAGACCAAUGACAAGAAGUGAAUUGGAAGAAUUUUUAGAACAACGUGGAUGUUGGCAAAAUGGUGGUAAAAAUGGAUUUUUACAUUCCGGUGUAUUAAAUAGAAUUUAUUUAUAUUUAAAUAAUGUGGUUUUCGGAAGAAAAACAAAAAAUGGUACGUCUAGAAGAUGGAAUAUAACAAAAGGAAAUACUAUUGAGAAAGGUGCUGGCAAUAAUUUAAUGUUUGAUCGUGCUAAAAGAACAUUGAGAGAAAAAAUAACUAUAAUGGCAGAUGUGAUGUUAAGAAAGAAAAAUAGUUUUCCAAGAACAAGACCUUUUUUUGUUUUACAAGAAGAAGAUUCCGAUACUGAACAAAGCGACAAUAGUGAUGAAGUUAAUUCUGCCAGUGAUGAUGAAAACUGGUGGUAA